AUGACAGAACAACAACUUUACUUGAAAUCAAUAGAACGUGAUCCAACCAAUUCCCGAUCAUACCAUUACCUUGCAUUAACACUCUCAAUUGGUGAAUCAAUCAUACUUAAUGAUGGACAAUCAAUGACAAAACAACAACUAUUCUUGAAAUCAAUAGAAUGUGAUCCAAUCAAUUCCAACUCAUACUUUAACCUUGCAAAUACACUUUCAAGUGGUGAAUCAAUCACACUUCAUAACGGUCAAUCAAUGACAAAACAACAAUUAUACUUGAAAUCAAUAGAACGUGAUCCAACCAAUUCCCGAUCAUACAUUAACCUUGCAAUAACACUUUCAAGUGGUGAAUCAAUCACACUUCAUAACGGUCAAUCAAUGACAGAACAACAAUUAUACUUGAAAUCAAUAGAAUGUGAUCCAAUCGAUUCCAACUCAUACUUUAACCUUGCAACUACACUUUCAAGAGGUGAAUCAAUCACACUUCAUAACGGUCAAUCAAUGACACAACAACAAUUAUACUUGAAAUCAAUAGAAUGUGAUCAGGCCGAUUACAGACCAUAUUAUAACCUUGCAUUGACACUUUCAAUUAGUGAAUCAAUCACACUUCAUAACGGUCAAUCAAUGACAGAACAACAAUUAUACUUGAAAUCAAUAGAAUGUGAUCCAACCAAUUCCCGAUCAUACCAUUACCUUGCAACUACACUUUCAAGUGGUGAAUCAAUCACACUUCAUAACGGUCAAUCAAUGACAAAACAACAAUUAUAUUUGAAAUCGAUAGUAUAUGAUCCAACCUAUUCAAGUUCAUAUAAUAACCUUGCAAAUACACUUUCAGUUGGUGAAUCAAUCACACUUCAUAACGGUCAAUCAAUGACAAAACAACAAUUAUACUUGAAAUCGAUAGAAUGUGAUCCAAAGAAUUAUAAACCCUAUUAUAAUCUUGGAAUGACUUUCAAUAAUGGUUUGAGAAUGAUAAAACAACAACUAUUAUUGGAAUCAUUAAGAUUAGGUCAUCCACUAACAUUGGUUUACCGAGAAAUUGGAUUAACACUUUCGAACAACAAACAAGCAAUUACGCUACCAGAUGGUGAGCAAAUGACAAGGAGACAGCUACUUAAAAAAUCAAGAUUACAGCCAUUUGUCAAGGAUCCUGUUGAUGCACUCUCUGCUAUCCAAGGUAAUUCCACGAUCAUGAUCCUCAUCGCACUGGGAGUCAGCAGCAACACGGGUGUUAGCAGUAAUACCAGUGGUGGCAGCAGCACGAGUGGUGGAAGCAACACGUAUCGUUGGCUUAUUGAGAUCCUCUUAGAGUGGUGUAUUUCAAUCCUUUCUUUGAUUGGACCAACAUUCUUGAAAGCAAAUUGA